GGGGGGGAUUUUCUGGUGAAUUUCUAUGAAGGACCGCCAUUUAAAUGCAGGCUAUCUAGCAGAUUGUUUUCGAGGGCUAAAUCAUAACUCUGUAGUUGAGAUUAUGGUCAACCCAGAGCACAAGCACAAAAGAUGUUGACACUAGUUUACCGGGCCAUCUUUUUAGUUUCUUUCAAAAAGGAACUGCCUCUCUUUUAUCCUCUUCAUACCUCCCCAAAGACACACACACAUACCCUUUCGAUUCUUUCCUCUCUCCUUUAUUGCCUAUGUUUCUCAAAUGGAGCCAGCAGCUCAGUUACCAGUAUCUUAGAUUUUCAAAGCGGUUCUGACCAUUUCUGCUGGUAAGUCAGCGAAAGUGUGGGAGAUCUGUGAUGAUGGUAAUGGGGAAUUGAAGAAAACAUUGGCAUGUUCUGGCUCAGGUGGAGUUGAUGACAUGCUAGUUGGUUGCCUUUGGCAGAAUGAUUAUCUUGUCACUGUGUCCCUUGGUGGCACAAUUAGCAUCUUCUUUGCAAGUGAUCUCAAAAAAAGUCCACGACAAAUAUCUGGACAUAUGAAGAAUGCUACAUCAUUAGCUGUGCUUAAAAAUGUCCAAAAAACUAUAUUGUCCAGUAGUUAUGAUGGUUUGAUAGUUAAAUGAAUUCAAGGCAUUGGAUACAGCUGCUGUUGAAGAAGAAAUUGUCACAUCUGGAUUUGAUAAUAAGGUGACUGACAUGCAUAUAUUCUUCAAUUCUACUUUGAAAUAACUAUAUUUACUUUUUGUUUCCAUUUCUAAUCAAUUAUAGAGUUAAGAAAGUGAAAGAGAACAUGCUUGUUACAAUCUUUUUUCUUCCUUAUUUAAUUAUGUAAGCAGAAUAUAUCUUGAUUGUGGCUUCUCUUUCAUUAUUUGAUACUUAGCUUAUGAACAAAUAAUAUGCAUCUAAAGCUAUCAUUGAAUUUCCAAGGAGAAGUAUUUCCCCAGCAAAUAUUUUUAAAUCCUCGAGUUCAAAUAUAUACAGUAUAAAACUGACAAAAGAAGACAGUUAGACUCCACUGGUAACUGAACUUUUAUCUGGAAAGUAAUUUGGAGAAAGUUUUAAAGUGUCUUUAAAUAGUAUUGGUGAGAUUUUUCUUCCAAUGUAAGUUGCUGCUUAUUGCUGAAAUUAUAAAAUAUCCUCAGUAAGUCACUCAUUUAUGUAAUUUCUUGGCUUAUAAAAUUGACAAUCAAUGGAAGAUCUACAAAAUAUGAUGAUGAAAUUACUUGGUAUGGAUGAUUUGUCAAAUCAUUUGUUAGUCCAGAUUCUGUUAAGUCACAAAUGGAUUAUUAUUAUUAUUAUUAUUAUUAUUAUUAUUAUUGUUUCUUCUUUUGUGACUUUAACAAAUAAUUAGAUAAAAUUCUACUUAGGUUUGAUUAAUUAAACAUGACUUUUUCCUGAGGCACCAUCAUUUUUUGGAAAAAAAAAAGUCAUAUAUAUGAUGGUUCUGCUCGUAAUGCUUUUCUUUCUUCCCUUUCCCUGUGCCUGGAUUUGUAGAGUUCGUUUUCAAGGGGAUCAAUGUGGAGAUGCAAAUUCCAUUGACAUUAGCAGUCAACCAAAAGACUUGAGUCUUGCCCUUCUCAAUCCUGGCCUUGCUUUGGUCACAAUUGAUUCAGGUGUUGUCAUGCUCCGUGGUACAAAAAUAGUGUCAACAAUCAAUCUUGGUUUUUCUGUGACAGCAUCUGCAAUUGCACAUGAUGGAAGUGAAGCAAUCAUAGGUGGGCAUGAUGGCAAAUUGCAUGUAUAUUCUAUAACAGGUGACACUCUUAAGGAAGAAGCAGUACUUGAGAAACAUCAUGGGGCUGUCAGUGUCAUACGUUACUCUCCAGAUGUUUCAAUUUUUGCAGCUGGUGAUGCAAAUAGAGAAGCUGUUGUUUGGGACCGAGUCUCCCGAGAGCAGCGUGGCUGCUACUGGAUCAAUUGCCAAGCCUGCAUCUAGUCGGAUGACCAUAAAGGGAGCUCAUUUGGGUGGGGUAUAUGGAUUGGCUUUCACUGAUGAGCUAAGUUUGGUAAGCUCUGGUGAGGAUGCUUGUGUUCGCGUUUGGAGAUUAAGCCCACAGUGAUGCUCAUUAAUGGAGGUCAUCGUGAAGAUGCUAGGCUAAAAAACUAUCAAGGUUUGGUGAGGAUUCUGGAUUGGUUUUCGACUUUUAUUUUUUGUUAAGUUGUGUUGCAUUGAGGUUGGAGAGAGUUUAAGGAAUAGGCAUAUUCAUGAAGAUUAGAGUCUGCCCUUUGUUGUUGUCAUAUAAUGUUGGAAGUGGCCAUCUACAAACAACAGUUUGAUUGAGAGUUUGUGAUCUAUUCUCUUUUGUAGCUUGGAGUUUGAAUAGUUUUCACUUGGCAGGUGAUCGAAGUAGGGGAAUGUCUGUCAUAUUGUCUUUUAUUGCCACUGUUAUUUUGCACGCUUGUCUUUGUCAGAUUGGAGUCUGCAGAAAUCCUGGAAAAUAAGCUGUAGAAAAUAGUAUGCAUCAAAGAAACAGACCUUGAGCACAGAUGA